UUUCUUCAAUUUUUUCUCUUUCAAUUUAACAUGGGACUCGAACCUAAUACCGAAGAUGAUACACUGUCUCUAAAUUCUUCGCUACCAUUGACAUCAGCCCCAUCACCACCAUCACCACCAAUAUCCACAUCGACCCCACUUUACAUUAAUCCACAAAUUGCACCCGUUAAUCCUAGCUACACCACACCAAAUAAUGUUGGAUGGCCUACAAACCAUCCUAACCAUGUUCUAAAUCAUGUUGGCAUGAACUCUAUACCACAUCGGAGCUCAUCUUUCAACCAAACAAAUUUUGUAACUAAGUCAGAUCUUUCUUUGGACCCAAAUCCAAAUCUAUCUGAAACCCAUCUAAAUCGAAACCCAUUUUUUCGCGUUGAUUCUGAUACGAAUCAAAACGAAAACAAAAUUCAGUCUAUUUUGCAGUUGGGUUUGGAGAAAACCCAUGAGUCAAAUAGAGUUAAUUCUAUUGUGCAUCCUCUUAGUUCCUCGGCACACUGGUUUCACAAUAGAAUUAGCUCUGGUUCAAAUCGGGUUGAAAAAAAUGAAACUAACAGAUCCGAGUCAAGCGAUUUAACUUUAAACAAAAAUAUGCUUGAGCCGGUAACUAAGAAAAUAUUGGUUCUGGAUCAACCUUUAAGUAAGAAAGAGCUUAAGGAACCUGAUGAACCGGUUGAGAAAAAACAGAAUCAGUUGGAUCUAAUUCGAAAGGGGAAAUCGACGGUCUCUGUUCGAUCGCCACUAAAGGGUUCUGGCGAGAUCAACAAUGUUGCCAGCGAAGGUGAAGGUGAGAAAAGAAGAUCCGUAGAAAAGGAAGAGCAAGAAGAAGUGGAGGUUGAGCGUUCGGAUGAAGAGGAAGAACCAAUUGCUGAGAUCUUGAAGUCCUGGAAUCUAAGGCCGAGGAAGCCGACGACGAAGCUAGAUUCUAAAGUAAAUUUUGGAAGUUUUGGAGGUGGACGUUCAAGGAUGGGUGUGGCGUCGGUAAGAGUGAGCAAGCCCCGAUGUGCAAAGUCUCGUGCUCGUCCUAGUUUGGAGAGGCCAGUGGUGAAGGAGAAGCGAAGGUUCAAAUCUACUCUUACAAAGGAAGAGACCGAACAUGACUUUAUGUUGAUGACUGGAGAGAAGCCUCCUAAGAAGCCUCUUAGGAGACCAAAGAAUGUUCAGAAAAGUCUUGAUGUUCUUUUCCCAGGCAUGUGCUUAACCAACGUAACACCUGAGAAGUAUAUGGUUAAUGACAAUCCUCCACCUUUAAAGUUUUAAGGGUUCUUGUUCGGCUUUUUUUGCUAGCUCAAAAGUUGGAGUAUUUCUUAGAAAUGUAAUGUCUUCUGAUCGUGAAACUGGCAUUUUCCUGUAAAUGUCUGCUGAAGGAAUUAUCCACUGUGUGGAAGAAAAUCAUAUGAAGAUGAGAGAAUAAAAUGAAUAUUGCUUCUGUGUCUAGCAUUAGUAGACUGGGAUACCAAAUAAAUUAUAUUUUACAGUAAUCAUGUUGUUUUGA